UAAGAACGGGGGAAAACUGAAAAGCGAUCAAAUUAUUUUUAGAAUUAGAAAAUACUCGAGAGAGUUGAGAGGGAACUCUGUUCGAUUUCCCCUCAUUUUGUUACCAUUCGACCAAAGGAAAGAAGCAGGGAUAAUCUCGUCGAAUUUCCAAUUUUUUGGAGGAAUCGUGCUCAGAGAUCUAUCUUAUCACGGGGUUUCAAUCCAAUCGAUCCACCUUCGAGUUAGAUCCAACUGUGUUAUCACCAUCUGUUCGACCUUCCUCAUCUCACAAUGGAUUCAGUGGAGGCAAUCGAGGAGUUGGCUCAGCUGGCGGACUCGAUGCGGCAAGCUGCGGCACUACUUGCCGACGAGGAUAUCGACGAAACGUCCACCUCCAGUACUUCCUCUCGCAGGCCUUCCACUUUCCUCAACGUCGUGGCCCUGGGGAAUGUGGGAGCUGGUAAAUCUGCAGUUUUGAAUAGCUUGAUUGGACAUCCUGUUUUGCCAACUGGUGAAAAUGGUGCUACCAGGGCUCCCAUAAGCAUUGAUUUACAGAGGGAUGGCUCCUUGAGCAGCAAAUCAAUUAUCUUGCAGAUUGACAAUAAGUCUCAGCCAGUUUCUGCAAGUGCUUUGCGACACUCCCUACAGGACAGAUUGAGUAAAGGUUCCUCUGGCAAGAGCCGAGAUGAAAUCUAUUUGAAGCUUCGCACUAGUACAGCGCCUCCGUUGAAAUUGAUUGAUUUACCUGGGCUUGAUCAGCGAAGCGUGAGUGAAUCAAUGAUUAGUGAAUAUGCUGAGCACAACGAUGCCAUUUUGCUAGUCAUUGUGCCUGCCUCUCAAGCAGUCGAGAUUGCUUCAACUCGUGCCCUCAGACUGGCAAAGGAGUAUGAUGGUGAAGGGACCAGAACUAUUGGGAUAAUUAGCAAAAUAGAUCAAGCUGCUUCAGAUCAGAAAUCUCUGGCUGCUGUUCAGGCUCUAUUACUAAAUCAAGGACCAUCAAGAGCCUCAGAUAUACCAUGGGUUGCUUUAAUUGGUCAAUCUGUUUCAAUAGCUUCUGCACAGUCUGGAUCUGUUGGCUCUGAGAAUUCUUUGGAAACUGCCUGGAGGGCAGAGAGCGAAAGUCUGAAAUCCAUACUGACUGGAGCCCCUCAGAGUAAACUGGGUAGAAUUGCUUUGGUGGAUGCUUUGGCUCAUCAAAUACAGAACCGUAUGAAAGUCAGACUUCCAAACCUAUUAUCUGGGUUACAAGGAAAAUCUCAGAUUGUUCAAGAUGAGUUAUCGAGGCUUGGGGAGCAAGUGGACAGUGCUGAAGGGACAAGAGCUGUAGCAUUGCAACUCUGCCGCGAGUUUGAGGAUAAGUUUCUUCAGCACAUUGCAACCGGUGAGGGUGCUGGUUGGAAAAUUGUUGCUAGUUUUGAGGGGAACUUUCCAAAUAGAAUCAAGCAGCUCCCUCUAGACAGACACUUUGACAUUAAUAAUGUGAAGAGGAUUGUGUUAGAAGCUGAUGGUUAUCAACCAUAUUUGAUAUCCCCUGAAAAGGGUUUGCGAUCUCUAAUAAAAGGUGUUUUAGAGCUUGCAAAAGAACCAUCACGUCUCUGUGUUGAUGAGGUCCAUCGCGUUCUAGUAGAUAUAGUUUCUGCUGCUGCAAAUUCUACACCAGGUAUUGGAAGAUACCCUCCUUUCAAGAGAGAGAUCGUGGCCAUUGCAAGUGCUGCAUUAGAUGGAUUUAAGAAUGAAGCGAAGAAAAUGGUAGUCGCACUUGUUGACAUGGAGCGAGCUUUUGUGCCUCCACAACAUUUUAUUCGACUGGUACAAAGGAGAAUGGAGAGGCAACGUCGAGAGGAGGAGGUGAAACACAAAUCAUCAAAGAGAGGGCAAGAGGCAGAGCAAGCCAUAUUAAACAGGGCAACUAGUCCUCAAACUAGUGGUCAGCAAAGUAGUGGAAGCCUGAAAUCAAUGAAGGAAAAACCAGGAAAAGAGGAUAAAGAAGUACAGGAAACUUCUGGUUUGAAGACUGCAGGUCCAGAAGGGGAAAUAACAGCAGGUUUUCUGUUGAAGAAAAGCGCUAAGACAAAUGGAUGGAGUAAAAGAUGGUUUGUUCUAAAUGAGAAGACGGGAAAGCUUGGUUACACUAAGAAGCAAGAGGAGAGACAUUUCCGUGGUGUGAUCACUUUGGAGGAAUGUAAUAUCGAAGAGGUUUCAGAAGAGGAUGAACCUCCUUCAAAGGGUUCAAAGGAUAAGAAAGCUAAUGGACCAGAUUCUGGAAAAGGUCUCGUGUUCAAGAUCACUAGCAAGGUUGCAUAUAAAACUGUUCUUAAAGCACAUAACGCUGUUGUCUUGAAGGCUGAAAGUAUGGCAGACAAGGUUGAAUGGUUGAAUAAAAUACGAAAUGUUAUUCAACCGUACAGAGGACAGAUAAAGGGCCCUGAAAGUGGUCUUCACAUGCGGCAGAGUCUUUCUGAUGGUUCUCUUGAUACGAUGGCUAGAAAACCUGUUGAUCCUGAAGAAGAACUACGGUGGAUGUCCCAAGAAGUACGUGGUUAUGUUGAAGCUGUUUUGAACAGUUUGGCUGCCAAUGUCCCAAAAGCAGUUGUCCUCUGCCAAGUUGAGAAAGCCAAGGAAGAUAUGCUGAAUCAGUUGUAUAGUUCGAUCAGUGCUCAAAGCACAACAAGGAUAGAGGAGCUGCUUCUCGAGGAUCACAAUGUUAAGAAUAAGAGAGAGCGAUGCCAAAAACAAUCAUCUCUUCUUUCCAAAUUGCUACGUCAACUCAGCGUACAUGACAACCGAGCAGCUGCUGCAGCCAACUGGUCUGACAGUGGUGCAGAAAGCAGUCCGAGAACGAGUGCUCCAUCAGGUGAAGAUUGGAAAUCUGCCUUUGAUGCUGCAGCUAAUGCUCCUGCAAACUACAACAGAUCUUCUUCCAAUGGUCACAGUCGGCGUUACAGUGAUCCAGAUCAAAAUGGGGAUUUGAACUCGCGUUCCAGCUCGAACAGUCGCCGUACUCCAAACCGAAUGCCUCCUGCCCCACCAUCUGCUUCUUCUGGUUCAAAAUACUAUUAGUUGGACUGAGUUUAUACUAUUGACAUUUUCUUAUCUUCACCAAUAUUUUUUGUUGGGUGACGCCAAUGCACACCAGAGUUUGGGUACCCACACCCAGUCUUCUCAUAUAUUCAUAUGUUUCUACUAGUCCAGCAUUACCGGGGGAACAGUAGAUUACCUUUGGAACUUGGAAAGAAGGAUGGCGUGUACAUAUAGAAAUCCAAUUUUCAUUGGCUUCUGAAGAUCGGCCCCGUCCCGCCGCCAUGGCAACGUUGCAAUGUUGGACUCAAAAGUAUCCUUGAAAUCCAUCAAUAUAUUUCCUUUCACAUUCGUUUUCCUGCCUUGAGAUUUUGUUUUCUUUCAUUAUUGUUGCACCCAUUUUUGAACACUAAUGUAUUUGUCUGUGGUGAUAGUGAUCCUUUCUCAAAAUGCACUUCCUAUAUUGGCAUUGUAACAUUUGUAUACUUGAUUCAAAAUAGAGGAGAUUGGUAAUUCUCAAACGUACUGGUUUUUAUGGGUUUAAA